AGUUGUGUGGUUCUAAGUUACAUGUUCGUUAGUUAUGACAGUUCUAAGUUGUGUGUUCAUAUGUUAAGAUAUUUCUAAGUUAUGAUUGUUCUAACUUAUGGGUUUCUAAGCCAUGUGGUUUGGCAUUUUUUGUUUUUCAGCUACAUGUUUCUAAGCAAUGCCAGUUCUAAGUUGUGUGUUUCUAAGUUACAACAGUUCUAAGUUAUGAAGAUAUUCAUGAAUUCUAAGUUAUUACUGUACUAAGUAGUGUGUUUAUCCCUUUGGUGAGCAGUUACACCAACUGCCAAAACCAACACAUAUAGCCUCUAAAUUUUUUUUUGUUGGUUUGUAAAUGGUUUUGACUCAACUUGACUUUAGUAGUGUAUCCCCACUUCUGGGAUAUCAGAAUCUGGUUACACAGUCUUUAUGUCAUGGCCAUUGCCAUGUUUAUAAUGUGUUAUCACGCUUAAUAAAAUUUACCCAGUACUUAUUCAGGGUGUCUAGCGACCGGGAAAACCGGGAAAACCGGGAAUUGUCAGGGAAUUUUGAGUGUCAGGGAAAUGUCAGGGAAAAGUCAGGGAAUUUUUAAAAAACACCUGGAAUUUUUUUUUUGCUGUAGCUUUAAAAUAGUUUAGGUAUCUCACGGAAGAUUAGUUUUAAACAUUUCUGCUGUCACGGUAAUUUACUUAUAAUUAUUGACAUUUCGAAGAAACUACACUUUUCAAAGUAGCUUUGUUUUACGUUGGAUGUUACCGUCUGCAAAACAGUUGUUUUCUUUUUCGAUAACAUCGAGGUUAGACUUCUAAGAUAGAUCGCAAUAUAGUUUAUAUCGAUUUAUCGACUGCGUGUUAUACCUUCUACAUCUCGGUUUGUUUUCGGUUGUUUUGGUCGUUUCCUGGCUAGCCAAGCCACGCCGUCACAAUUUUUAGCUUGCAUUUAUUGUACUUGUUUCUUUCGUUUUAUUUAUUGUGGUUAUUUAUUUUGGUGAAUUGAGGUUACGUACUUAUAGUCAUGCAUUGAUAAUUAUCUUGUUACUUUCUAUCUAGGCGGCAACUACAACCCAGUGCGUUAAAAUGCUACGGUUUUUCUCCAUGCUUUCGGUCUUAAAAAUGAUUUCGUAAAUUUUUUUUGUUAUUGUUUAUAUCUCUUUUUAUUCGUGUUAUAAACCUGGAUCGUUACGGAGGCCUAAUGGUAGUUAAUUAUACUUAGUUUCUCGACGAUCUGCUUUGUUUAUUUAACAGCUCAAGGUGUCAUGCCGCCUUCAAAAUUUAGAAAAACGGUAUUCAGAGCUGAAUGGAGCCAGGACCCAAUGUAUGCGUGGGUGAAGGGUAUUGAAAUAAAUCCCUAUUCUGCAUGGUGUGAUGUGUGCAAGCAAAAGUUUGAGCUUAGCAACAUGGGGAAACAAGCUCUCACAAGUCAUGCGUCUGGGGCUAAGCAUAGAAAAAGAUUACAGGCAGCCAGUAAAUCGGUCCCAAUUACAAUUUUUUGCAAGACAGGGCUAUCAAAAACAACUUUGCAAGUAAAGUCAACAGAUGUACCUGAAGUAUCAUCAGAAUCUAUUCAGAAUUCAUCAGUUUCUGAGGGUUCAAAGUUAUCACCAUCACCUAAUGUACUGAAGUUGUUAGAAAAUGCAGUUGCUGGCUCAGCAUGCUCAUGUAUUUGCACAUGCACAUCUGUAGAAAAGAAAUCAAAGUUAUUGAAAACAUAUUUGUUGAAUGAUAAUGUGACAAGAGCAGAGGUCAUGUGGUGUUUGUUUUGUGUAACAUCACAUAACUCGUUACGGAAUGCUGAAAGUAGUGUUUCAAUCCAGCGCAAGAUGUACCCUGACAGCAAUAUUGCAGCAAAAAUGAAAUUGAGCAAAGCAAAAGUAUCUUACACUAUUGUUCAUGGCUUGGCGCCACAACUCGAGCGAGAUCUAAAAGCUGCUAUAUCAAAUUGUUCACAUAUUGUCAUCGGUUUUGAUGAAAGUUUAAAUAAGGUUGUGCAAAAACAGCAGAUGGAUUUAACGGUGCGGUAUUGGGACGAUGUCAAGAAUGUGACUUGUACUCGCUACUUAACCUCUGUUUUCUUGGGUCACUCAACUGCAGCAGAUUUACUUUAUGCAUUCAAAAGUGCGUUAACUUCUGCUCUUUUACACAAGAUACUUCAAGUGUCUAUGGAUGGUCCGAAUGUGAACUUACGCUUUUUAAAAGAUCUAAGAGAAGAUUUAAAAGAAGGCCGUCCACAUGAAGGUGUAAUUUUGGAUAUUGGCACUUGUGGUCUGCAUUCAUUGCACUGUGCUUUCAAGACAGCAAUGAAAGGAACAGAAUGGGAAAUUAUUCCAUUUUUACGUGCAAUUCACAAUCUUUUUUACAAUAUCCCUAGUCGUCGUGCAGAUUUUAUCCGCAUAACAGGAUCAGAUUUGUUUCCUUUGAAAUUUUGUGCAGUUCGUUGGUUAGAUAAUGUGUGUGUAGCAAACAGAGCCUUGAAAUUACUGCCCUAUUUGCUCAAAUACAUUCAGUCACUUUGUUCAAAGUCUGAACCAAAGUGUGCAAGCUUUAUGGUAGUUAAGAAUGCUCUUCGUGAUAAAUUGCUUGGUCCUAAACUUGCAUUUUUUUCAUCUGUGGCAUCUGAAAUUGAACCUUUUCUGAAAGAAUUUCAGACCGAUAAACCAAUGGCUCCUUUUCUUUAUUCAGAUUUUUGUGCUGUUGUUAAAAAUCUUAUGAUAAGGUUUGUCAAACCUGAAGUAAUUGAAUCAAAACCCUUGUCUGCGAUUGAUUUAUCAGGAACAAAUCUUAUGUCUCACAAAAAUGUUGACCUGGGUUUUGGAACAAAAGCAGAAUUGCGUUCUGAAAAGAACUUAACACAGAAAGACAUUGAGUUAUUCAAGCAUGAAUGUUCUAAGUGCCUACAAGAACUUGUGAAGAAGAUUUUGAAUCGCUCUCCACUUACUCUCAGUUUGACUAGGAGCAUUUCAUUCAUUGACCCUUCAGUAGUUUGUAUUCCAAAUUUGGCAAAUAAGAGACUGGCAGCUGCACUAGAACAUUUUGUAUGCAAUAACUGGAUUUCUGGAGUGCAAGCUGAUAAAAUUUGUAGAGAAUUCAAGCAAGUGUGUGCUGUAAAGUUAGUGCAAGAAAAUGUGAAGAUAUACACACGCAGUAAAUUUCGCCUUGAUCAGUUUUGGUUUGAUCAGUUGAAAAUUUGUUCAUUUGAGGAAACAAAAAAUUUGGCAUCUUUCCUGAAGAUGAUUUUCAUCUUUUCACAUGGCAAUGCUGCUCUGGAAAGAGGAUUUUCUGUGAACAAGGAAUGUCUGGUGGAAAAUCAACAAGAAAUAUCUCUCGUAGCUCAAAGGAGAAUUCAUGAUAGUGUCUCUGCAGCUGGGGGAAUUGAUGAUUUCCCUGUAACAAAGCAGCUUAUACAUGCAGCUCGUAAUGCACACUCCAACUUUAAAGACUAUUUGCAAAAGCAGAAGGAGCUUUCUCAAGAAAAAGCAGAAACUAACAUCUUGAAACGUAAAAUUGCUGCUGAACUUGCAGAGCUUCAGGCAAGAAAAAAGAAAAUUUUAGAAGAUGCCCAAAAUGAAAGUGCAAUUCUUGAUUCUCGAAUAGAAGCUCUUAAAACGUAGUGCAGUGAUAAUAGACCCCAUUUUGUAGUGUUUAGGCCUACUAAAUUCAAUCAUUAUUUUCACAAAAAGACCUAAGUUAUUAAUAUUUAUGCUAUAAUUUUAUAUUUCUUUAAGAUCCAUGUCAUAUAUGUUUAUAUUCAUUUAUAUGUACGUACAGCUACAAUUUACUAUAUAGAAGUUUUUUUUAAGAUUAAUGAUGCAAUUUUGUGAAUUUGAAGACUGUGUUUGGAGACUGGAAACUGUUUUUGAGACAGGAUUUGAAGGUUAAUUGUGUAUCAUAUUCUUAUAAGCAGAACACAUCUUGACAUUUGGAUAGUUUUAUUGUGACUGAAUGUAGCACUUCAAUAAAGAGGUGAGUCUAAACUUUUUGAGCAAUGAAAAUUUAAAUUUAAUUAGAAUACAUAUGUCUGUGUGUCUGUCUUAACAUUGUGUAUCGUAAGUCUGUGUGCAUGGUUCAUAAAAUAAUUGAGAACCAAAAUCAAGUAAUACUACUGUAUUUAAGUUGGCGAGUUAAUUGUUUUCACAUGUGGUAUUUAUUAUUAUUUUUAAGUAUGUCUGGAAAAUUUUCAAUUAGUCUGGAAAACCUGGAAAUGUCAGGGAAUUUUAAAAAUGCUUGGCACUAGACACCCUGUUAUUAACCAACACAUUAUUAUGUAAACUGCAUAUUCCCAACAAGGUAUAUGGGCCCAGGUUUGCGGAUUAACUAGUUUUUGUCGACGCAUAAUGCCGAUAUUAUUAACAUUUAGCAUCGUGGCAUCAUGGCAUUGACCACUUUAUACAUUGUGGAAAAACUUAUAGGCCAUGAAAACUACGCAUCGUGGGAAUUUCAUAUGAAAGCCUUGUUAAGCUUAGAAGACCAGUGGGAUGUCGUUCAAGGAAACAUCAAGGUAAAUGAAGCGAAAGAGAAAGAUCGCAAGGCAUUAGCCAAUAUUUCACCAUAUUGAAAAAUGUAAAACAUCAAAGCAAGCAUGGGAAAAGAUCCAAACACUGUUUUAAGAUUCUGGUCUCACUCGUAAAGUCAGGUUUUUACGUCUGCUUACCGUGACUUGCUUGGAUAGCUGCAAAUCCGUUGAAGAGAUUUUGAAUGAAACUACUUUAACAGCCCAAUGCCUAUGUGAUAUUUAGUUUGAGAUAUCUGAUGAAUGUGUUGGGACUUUAUUGCUAGCAGGUCUCCCAGAAGAGUAAAAACCCACAAUAAGGGCGUUGGAGAGCUAAGGAAUUCCAAUUACAGCUGAUGCAAUCAAAAUCAAUCUGCUACAGACAUAAAAUCUAGUUCAAGUCAUGUUUGUCACCCAAUAUCGAUAUAGCACUCUACAAUAAUUGAUCAUCGUGGAACAGCAACAAUCAAAACAAACCACCAGAAGUGACUUGUAAAUGCUACAACAGGUUGUCAGAUACAGGCGAACAAAAAACGAGGGAUAGUAAUUUCGACGCUAAAACCAACAAUGCAUUUUUAGCAUAUAUGCUAACGAACAUUGAAAACAGUGAAACUGAUUGGUAUUUAGACAAAUGUGGGUCAAUGCAUUUGACAAGAAAUAAGUUAGGGAAUUGUGUGUCUGAAUUUAAGCUGAAAAUCCUAACUGCAAACAUCAAUCUUCUUACGAUAGAAUCUGUGGGAAAUGUUGAUAUUGAGUUGUUAGUCUACGAAAAAACCGGCCUCAUCACAGACAUAGUAGAAAACCUGCUGUGAGUAAAAUCGCAAGCAAAGGGAACACUGAUUUUUCAUGGUAGUAAAAUACUGAACUGAAGUGAUGAACUGUUAGCCUCGGCAUUAUUGAAAAAUUGCAUUUAUCAGUUAGACACACUGCAGUCUGCAUGUGUUGAUAAAGUGCAUGCUUUCACUUGUGGUGGAGAUCUAUGGCACCGCAGGUUAGGUCAUUUAAACAGAAAAUACAUAAACUUGUUAAAACCAAUGCCAGGUGGAGUGCAGUACCUGCAGACAAGCAAGGCCCCAUGUGAAACUUUGUGUCUAAGGCAAAAAAUCUCAUUUUCCAUUCACACAAAGCAUCUUUAGAGCAAAGGAACUCUUGGAACUGGUGCAUACGGACUUGUGAGGACUUAUGAAGACAGUGUUUAUUGGAGGUAGUAUUUUUUUGUUUUGUCCUCAGAGACGAUUAUUCUCGGUACACAAAUAUGUACUUCUUGAGGCCAAAGGAUCAGGUCUGUGAUGUGUUUAAAGAAUAUAGUGCAUUCGUAGAAAAUCAGUUGGGUAACAAAAUAAAAAUAUUGUAUUCAGAUGAUGUGACAGAGUUCGUAAACAGUGAGUUCUCCAGCUUCCUGAAAAUUAAGGGCAUUAGACGCUAACUCACCGUCAGAGCUUCACCACAGCAGAAUAGGGUCCCGGAGUGUGCUAAAAUAGCUGAAAAGGCACAGAGAUUAUUAUGAUAUGCAGGACUACCAAAAAUGUAUUGGGCCGAAGUAGUAGCAACAUUUGGCCAUCUCAACAACAGGAGCCCAACAAAGGCCAUUGAAGGAAAGACAGUUUGAAGCAUGGUAUUCGAGGAAAUCAAACUAGUUACCUCAGGAUUUUUGUUUGUGAAGAAGCUAUGACCCAAAUUCCAAGAGAUACGAGGAAGAAAUGGGACCCCAGAUCCGAGAAAUUGAUAGUGUUUGGUUAUUGUGAUAACACAAAAUGUUAUCGCCUCAUAAAUCCCACGACCAAACAAGUGACUAUCAGCAGACACAUUGUGUUUUUAGAAGAAAAAAAUGCUUAACAAAAUGUCAGCAAUGGUGAGAGAAGGCAUGCCCACCUCAUAAACUGUUGGUACAGUUGCAGAAGUUUCCCCCCCCCAGGGGCUGGUGAGUUAGGUUUUUCCUUGCUACAAACGGUUGGUGAUGAUGAAUAACUUAUCUCUUGAGAACCAGAAUCUAAACAAUAUAAGUUAAUCAUUGACUUCGCUGCAGAUUCAGAUGAAGAGUCCUUCAAGGGGUUAGUGGAAAAUAAUAAUCUAGAAGAAACCUCCAGUCCUCAACAGUUGAUAAGAUCUCAUUGUAUCCCAAUACCUAAAGUUGCCGAUCCAGAUUUAUUGACUAACUUCAUUGCAGAAAAUAAUGAGUUCCUUAUGCCAGGGAAAACUUUGACAAGUCCACAAACUCAAAGUGAAGGGAAGCUACUGACUAAGAACUGUCUUCAUUCGUUAGUAAUGAAACUUAUGAAUGGGUUGAUUUACCAGAUAAUGUGAAGUCUCUCAAAUCAAAAUUAAGAAUCUGUACCCCAAAGAACCUAAAUACAAGGCUAGACUAGUAGUCAAGGGUUUUGGACAGAAGCCUGAUAGACUUUUAGGAAACCUUUUCACCAGUAACUAAACACACUUCACUAAGAUACCUCUUUACACUGGCAGUAAGGGAAGGCCUUGAGAUAGUGCAUAGUGCAUAUGUAUGUGAAAAUGGCCUAUUUACGUGGCCACUUACAUAAAGUCAUAUAUGUUCAACCUCCAAAAGAGCUUGAGAGAAGGCAAGGUUUGGCGACUCAAAAGGGCUAUGUAUGGACUUGGUACAGGAAUCGUUAUCUAAACAGACACUCAAUUACUUGCUAUAGCAUCAAGUUCAUGGGCAGUCUUGUGUCAUUGUCUAGCAAGAAGCAAAGAACAGUUGCCUUGAGCACAGUCAAAGCUGAAUAUAUGGUACUCAGUAAUCAAUAAACUUUGUUGUUUUAGAAAGUUGUGCAGUAAACUGGAACCUGAACA